CUGUGGGAGCUGCAAGCGCAGCCAGCCCUGCUCACCCGUGGAUGGCUUCUGCCUGGCCUGCCAGCCCGGCUGGAACGGGACCCUCUGCAAGGAGCCCUGCGCGCCCGGCUUCCACGGUGAGGCCUGUCCCCAGCCAUGUCCCCGCUGCCGCCACGGGGAGAUCUGUGAUCCAGAGACCGGGUCCUGCCCGCACUGCGAGCCCGGCUGGAUGGGACCCAGCUGCUCCUGCCCUGCGGUCACCUUCGGCGAUGGGUGCCAGCUCCUCUGCCCCGAGUGCGUUGCGGGAAGCUGCGACCCCGUGUCAGGAGCUUGCAUCUGCCAGGCGGGCUACUGGGGAGCCAGCUGCAACGACACCUGCCCGGAGGGAUAUUUUGGCGUGAACUGUUCCUCGCCCUGCCAGUGCUCCCGGGGGACCUGCCACCCUGCGCAGGGUGACUGCGUGUUGAGUAUUAAGCCCCGCGGGCCCCGGGCCGCCGCCAUCCUCGUCCCUCUCCUGCUGCUGCUGCUCUGCGUCGCCUGCUGUUGCUGCGGAGCCGGCCCAGCGGAUGCUAGAGACAGGUAUUUGUUAUAUUUUGCACCUUCCAUGCAAAACCCCGUCUCCUGCAUCCCUUCACACCCAUAUCCCCCGCGCAGGGCGGCCGUGCCGGAUGACGACGUGGUGGCCCGGAUGAAGCACCACGUGCGGGGGGUGCUGGCAAACCUCAGCGCUAUGAUGCCUUGCUUUUCCCUGGGUGGCUACAAACUUCCCAAAGUCACAGGUAAAAAAAGCAGAGCUGCCGACAGCCCUUCCAAGGUGUCAUCCCCACCCCGUGCUCUUUGCGUUGCUCUCCCACCCCAGCCCCGAGCACCCUGGGGUGCUAGAGUUCAGCUGGGUGUCUUCUCCUCCCCAGUUUCCCACCACGACACGGAAAUCCCCUUCAACCCCAGCUUCAUCGAGCCGCCGUCGGCCGCGUGGGUUUCAGACAGCUCCUUCUCCUCCUCCUUCGACACCGACAACGAGGGACCCGAGUACUCCGUCCCUCCCAGAGAAGGCGUCCCACUGCUGGGGGGGGCUGAGCUGCAGGACGGGGUGUCCCCCCUCAGCGAGGGGCUCCCGGACCCGUCCGCCUUCGACUCCGAGGACGUCUCACAGCCCUUCGCCAUCCCCCGCACCUCCAGCAUCGCCAAGGCCAAGCGGCCCUCCGUGUCCUUUGCCGAGGGGACGAAAUUUGGGGCGGCGGAG